AUGAAGUGGAGUGUGGUGUGGUUGUGCGUCUUCAGUUUUACUGUUGAACUCCAGGCCAUACUGGGUCACAACCAGGUCAACAACAUCUGCAGCACCUGGGGCAGGCAGCACUUUAAAACCUUUGAUGGAGAUGUGUACCAGUUCCCGGGCUUGUGCGAGUACAACCUGGUCAGAGACUGCACCAAAUCUGAGGGGAAGUUCUCUGUGAACAUCAAACGGGAGAAAAAUGAUGACAAUAUCACAAUAAGUUAUGUUUUGGUGACCGUCACUGAAAACACAUUCUACCUAAGCAAGACUCGGGUUGCUGAAAAUGACGAUGAAGUCACUCUGCCACACUAUAGUGGGGGUGUGAAGUUGGAAGAAAGUACAUAUUACAUCAAGCUGCGAGCUUCCAAAGUCGGCCUCACUGUCAUGUGGAACCGUGAAGAUGCAGUCAUGGUGGAAGUUUCAAACCGCUACAAGGACAAAACUUGUGGACUUUGUGGCGACUUCAAUGGUGUUCCUGUCUAUGAUGAGUUCAUGGCUGAUGGUUCUAAAAUAGGCCCCAUAGAGUUUGGAAACAGAUACAGAGUCUAUCUACCAAAUGAUGACUGUAAAGACCCCUCAGUAGCGGCUGAUAUAUCAGCGGAGGCCACAGACGGUCCAGAUUCAUGCAAAGCAUUUCAAAGCAGCUGUGAACAAAGGUUUCACUCAGACUCCUGGAGUUCUUGCGCCAACCUGAUUGACCGUGAGGAGUUCGUCCAGGCAUGUGUGAAGGACAUGUGUGACUGUAACAACAACACCAGGGAUUCUUGUGUCUGCAGCACAAUGUCUGAGUUUUCUCGCCAGUGUUCCUACGCAGGAGGACAGCCUGCCAACUGGAGGAGACCUGAUUUCUGUGCUAAACAAUGUCCCAACAACAUGAUUUAUGAAGAAAGUGCUUUUCCUUGCAUGGACACUUGCACACAUCACCACACGAGAUCAGUGUGUGAGAACCACAAAAUUGACGGCUGCUUCUGUCCUCAUGGAACGGUGUUUGAUGACAUUUCUAACAAGGGCUGCAUCCCUCAGUCUGAAUGUCAGUGCAAGCACGACAAAAUCUACAACUCUGGAGAGGUUUUCCAACAUGAGAAAACAAACUGUACUUGUUCAGAGGGGAGGUGGCAAUGUGAGAGUUUCGAAACACCUGCUACAUGUGCAGUUGAGGAAGGUUCACAAUUUACAACCUUUGAUGGAACAAACUACAUAUUUCAUGGAAACUGUCUCUAUACCCUGGCCAAGGUGGAAAGCAUGGAUGGAGUAAGUCGAAAUUUUACAAUACGAGCCCAGCUAGGGCCAUGUGGUGAAAAUAAGUUUGAAACUUGUCUAAAGGCUCUUAAAAUCCAUCUGGACACAGACCAUGUAUUAAUGUUCACCUCUGACGGUUUAGUUAAGCAGAAUAUGGAAACAAUCACUUUGCCGUUCUACUCAGGGGACAUGAGAAUAUUUCAUGCUUCAUCCUUUCAUAUCUUGCUCUACACCAACUUUGGUCUGCAAAUUCAGAUCCAACGUAUCCCUGUCAUGCAAGUCUACAUCAGUCUGGAAAGCAGUUACAAAGAAAAGACACGUGGUUUGUGUGGGAGCUUCAACAUGGUCUUGAAGGAUGACAUGAUGAGUCCUCAGGGGAUCGUGGAGGGAACUGCAACAUCUUUCAGUAACUCUUGGAAGGCCAACACAUCCUGCUCAGACAGCGAGGAAAGACUUAGUGACCCCUGUUCCAGAAGUUUAAAUCUUGAGAACUAUGCCAAAGACUGGUGCGAAGAGCUGCGAAAUCCAAAUAGUACAUUUGCAGUUUGCCAUUCAGAGGUGAAUCCUGACAGCUACUACAAGCGUUGCCUUUAUUCCACCUGCAACAGCGAGAAAAGUGAGGACGGCUUAUGUGCUGUCCUAACUUCUUAUGGUCGAGCUUGUGCAGCAAAGGGAAAGUUUGUGACAGAUUUUGGAAGUGAAUGUGAGAAACACACAAAGAGCUGUCCAUCAACUCAGAUCUUCACGUACAAUCAUCGGAGAUGCCAGCUGACUUGUAGCUCGCUGAACUCGGAGCGGCAGAGCUGCUCUCCACACUUCCUGCCUGUAGUUGGCUGUUUCUGCCCUGAUGGCCUCUAUCUGAAUGAAAAAGACAUUUGUGUACCCAAAGAAGAAUGUUCCUGUUCCUAUAAUGGAGACUUUAUUGAGGCUGGAAAGUCUGUCAACACCAAUUCAGGGCACUGCUUAUGCACCAAUGGAAAGCUUCACUGCCAUUCUCACCAAACCUCCUCCAUAGUUUGUACUGCUCCAAAAGUGUAUUUUAACUGCUCCUCUACACGUGGCAGUGACCUUGGACCACAAUGCUCUCGAAGUUGUUUAAAUCUGGAUGAUGAUAUUUGUGAUGCAUCAGAGUGUGUGCCUGGAUGCAUGUGUCCUCCUGGUCAGCUUGAAGAUGGUAAUGACUCCUGCGUAAAAACUGAGAGGGAAUGUCCAUGCAAGCAUAAUGGUCAAUUCUACAAGCCUGGAGCCAACGUUUAUCAAGAUUGCAACAUCUGUACGUGUACAGGUGGAAAUUGGGAUUGUACAACGAAGAAUUGUUCAAACAGCUGCACUAUUUAUGGAAGUGGACAUCAUAAAACGUUUGAUAAGAAGUCAUAUGAAUUUCAAGGACACUGUUCUUAUGUUGUUUUUAAGAGCAAAUGCUCUGAUGAAACUGUGGAGAAUGACAUUGAAGUCAUCACAGAAGAUGAACCAUGUGGAUCCAGAGGCACAACAUGUUCCAAAACUGUCAGAAUUCAGCUAGGGAAAACUGUGAUCACCCUCACAGAUGGUAAAAGUAAAGAGGAGAUAUUGGAAAAUGGCUUUUAUAUACCAUAUACCAUAACGAAUUUUGGCUUUUAUAUUGUGGUAACUACUGACAUCGGUUUAACUGUGAUUUGGGAUCACAAAACCUAUUUUGUCAUCCAACUGGAGCCAGCUUACGAGGCUUAA